GCGGGAUUGAGGUUCACAAUGGCGGGGUCUUUACGGCGGCGGUUCCCCAGAGGUUGUCCCGCCGUCUGACCGAAUAUUUUCCCUCCAAACCGGCCCGGCGGGUUCUCGGUUCGUCGGGGAGAAGAGUCGGGGCGGUGCUCAGAUGCUGGAGUCCGGGACAGUUGUUGUGUCGGUGGCGGUGAGCAGGGAGGAGAAUAACAGACCGUUAGCCGGAUGCUAGCUUCCCGGGCCGGUAGCCGACGCCAUGGACCGCGGGUCCUUCUCCCGGUACUCCUGGAUCGACUUCGCCUUCUCGGUGGUCGGGGUGUGCACCUUUCUGGUGGACUGGGGCUCCGACGUGUGGGUGGCCACCGAGCUGUACCUGCGGGGGGAGCUGCUCUGGUUCGGGCUGCUGGUCGGCCUCAUGGGGCUCUCCUCCGUGGUGGUCCAGAUUUUCAGCUGGUUCUGGUUCCGCUACGACCGGGAGCUGCCGGGCUUCGGGGGACAGACCGGGGCCGGGACGGUGCUGUUCGGGGACCGGGUGAAGCUGUUCUGCCUGCUGCACGUGCUGCAGCUGGGCUUCCUGUGCAGGCACAUCUCGGCCAUCCGUCAGGGCUUCAAAGUGUGGUGGAGGAAACAGGAAGGGUCGGAGUACGCCGUCUACCUGAGCCACGAUCUGAGCAUGCUCCGUCUGAUCGAGACCUUCUGUGAAAGCGCUCCUCAGCUCACCCUGAUGAUCUACGUCAUGCUGAGGACCAACAAGGCCCGCACCGUGCAGUUUGUGAGCGUGGCGGCGUCGGCUACGUCCAUCGCCUGGAUGGUGGUGGACUACCACCGCUCUCUGCGCUCCUUCCUCCCUGAUAAGGCCAAGCAGGGCUGGGGUUCUUCGCUGGUCUACUUCCUGUGGAACCUGCUGCUCAUCGCCCCCCGGGUGGCGGCCCUCGCCCUCUUCUCGGCGGCGCUGCCCGGUUUCGUGGCCGUCCACUUCCUGCUGCUGUGGUCGGCCUUCCUGCUGUGGGCCUGGAAGCAGCGCACCGACUUCAUGGACAGCGCCGGCGGGGAGUGGCUGUACCGGGCCACCGUGGGCCUCAUCUGGUACUUCAGCUGGUUCAACGUGGCCGAGGGCCGGACCAGGGGGCGGAGCCUCAUCUACCACGCCUUCAUGACGGUGGACGGCGGGCUGCUGCUGGGGACCUGGUGGUUCUACCGGGACCCGGUGCAGACGGAGGCGUACGGCCCGGUGCUGCUGCUGGUUCUGCCCCUCACCUCUCUGCUGGGGCUGCUCUUCAAAGCCCUGUACUACUGCUGCUUCCACCCCCGGCUCUGGAGGCCCCCGUUUAGGGACCCGGCCCGGGACCUGCCCGACGCCGAGGUCACCUUCAGGGACUUCUCCAUCCAGGACGACUCGCUGUCCUCUCAGCUGACCAACCGACGGAUGGCUCACAACGCCGCACACUUCUACUCUGACGGAAGAACAUCUGGAGGAACCGACGGAGGAACCGAUGGAGCCGAGACGUCGCAGCUGUGACCUGGAUUAUUGUUGCAUUGUUAUUAGUUCUGCUGUUCUGCAGCUGUUGGGUCUGAAAAAUGUCAGGAGACGGAGAAAAAUGUCUGUCAAACCAAAACUGGAGACAUUUUUAAAGCGAAAACCACCAUUUUUCAUUAUUUUCUGACAUUUUAAUCCACAGAUGAAGCUGCUAAUGAACACUUCUGAGAACUAGAGCUAAAAAUGUCAUUUUCUUGAAUAACUAUUUGGUAAAACCAGUUUUCCUCAUUAAUCCAGUCGUUGUUUGGUCUGUAAAAUGUCAGAAAACAAUGUCCAUCAGUGUUCACUAAAGCCAAAGAUUGGGGACAUUUUUCAAGCAAAAAUACCAAAAACUAUUUUUUUAAUUGUUUGUCUUUGUUCUUCAGGAAUGUACUUGAUCUUUGGUGGAUGUAAAGGCGCAAUCUUUGUAAUUCUCUAACAUUUUAUAGACAGAAAUGAGCUCAAACUGAUGAUUAUUUUCAAAAGACAGCUGAAACUAAGGAGAAAAUUCAUCCUCUAGAACAGCAUAAUGGCUGUCACAGUGUCUGUCUUUUAUUUUGAAAAUACAGUACAAACAAUAGAAUUUCUGUCCUGGAGGAGGAAAAUGGCAUGAAUAAAUAGAAAAUGUAAAUUUUUUCCUUUAAAAAAAAUAUGUAUUUUAGUUACAGUUUCUGGCUUUUAUUUUGAAAAUACAAUAGAAAAACAACAACAACAACUUGUUUUUGUGUAAAACAACAAAAAUCUGAAUAUUUUGGUCAAUAUUAAAUUGGGAACAUUUAGAUUAAUUGGUUACAAUGACAGAUCUGUGGUUUUGUGCUAAUUUUAUACAAAAUUAUAGUUUCUAAAUGAUUUUAAUAUGAAAAAAAAUCUCAGGAUUCAAAACAAAUCAUCACAUUUCUCUGCCUUAAUUUGGGAUAUUUUAAUAUUUUAAGCUAGUUUCUAAGCCCAACGUUGGUGCUUUUUCCAUAAAGCAAAUCGUAUUUUAUUACUUUAGGUACAUAGUUCUAUUUUUACUUCUUAAAAUGGGGAGAAAAGUUUUUAGAUAUUUUAGUUACAGUACAGUACAGCCUUUUAUUUUGAAAAAAACAACAACUACCUGGUUUUGUGUAACUCAGAUAAUGAACAUUUGGCUAUUUUGGACAACUUUAAACCUGGAACAUUUAGAUUAUUGGUUAAAAUUACCGAUUUCUAGUUUUAUACGACAGUAAAAAUUUCUGAAUUAUUUUAUUUUGUUAAACCUCUGAAUGUAAAUUCCUCUUUUUUACUUCCUGUUUGUGUUGUAAACUCUAAUCAGUAUUUGUUUACUUCAGAGUCUGAAUCUAGUUUUUAAAGCUAAAUUAGCAGGUGAAUCACCUGAUAAAUGCAGGAAGUUAGUGGAAUGAAUGUAAGUGGAAAUAUUAGAAGUAUGAAAAAAUCUUCACAUUUCUCUGCCUUAAUCUGGGAUAUUUUGAUAUUUUAAGCUCAGUUAUAAAACAAACAUUUGGUGCUUUUUCAAUGAAAUAAAUCACAUUUUAUUACUUUAGGUAUGUAGUUCUAUUUUUACUUGAUAAAUGAGAAGAAAAAAACUAUUUUUUUUAGAAAUUUUAGUUACAGUUUCUGCCUUUUAUUUUGAAAAUACAGUAAAAGAAAAUCCAACCUGGUUUUGUGUAACUAUUAAAUUUAAUAGUUAAUGAUGAAAAAUGACAAAAAUCUGAGUAUUUUGGUCCAUUUUAAACCUGGACCAUUUAGAUAAACUGGUGAAAAUGUCAGAUUUGUGGUUUUAUAUGAAAGUAAAAUUUCUAAGUGAUUUUAUUUUGUUAAACCUCUGAAUGUAAAUUUACCAAUAAGUUCCUCUUCCUGUUCUGUUACAGUUGAACGAUGAUGUUUACUUCCUGUUUGUAAACUCUAAUCAAUGUUUGGUUCAUUUAAACCUGAAUCUUCUACUUUUCUGUUUUUACCUCGUCUGUUCUGUAAAGUUAUUAAAGCUGUUGUUGUUUA